AUGGCAAAGGAAUGGACUAACGCCCAAGACAAACCGCAAAAGACACAGACAAAGAUCCCCUCAAGGACCAUCGUACCUGAAAACUGUGAUUCUCUGCAAUCAGAUGCUGCGUGGAGAGCUUCUACUCAACUAGCGGGGUUCGGCUGGAUCAUAAAAACAGAGGCGACGAGUGUUGCUAGGUUCUCGACAGGUGACGUGGUGAGCUCUGCUUUAAUAGCAGAAGCUAUGGCGAUGAGACAUGCUGUAAGGGAGAGCUCGAUCUUGGGUUGUAGAAGAAUGGUGUGUGAGUCUGAUUCAACCCAAUUAAUCAAAGCUCUCAACGGCAGCGAUGCUCCAUUGGAGAUUUACGGCAUUGUGGCCGACAUUUUAGAUUUAUCCUCUCUUUUUGAAGUUAUUGUCUUUGUUUGGAUUCCUAGAGAAAAGAACUCUACUGCUGAUGGCUUAGCAAAAACAGGGUCUUGUUGUAGGUGA